UAUAUAUUUCUGCGGGAGAUAAUCCACUGCAGUUUGCGUUGAAACAUUAGAAGUUACACAACAUGAGUUUCGAGAAUAAGGUUGUGAUCAUAACGGGCGCCAGCUCUGGCAUCGGCGCGGUUACAGCCACAUCGUUUGCGAAACAACGUGCCAGUGUAGUCCUUGUUGGCCGAAACGAAAAAAGACUGAGGGAAGUCGCAAAAGACUGCGAACAAUACAGCAAAACGCUUAUAAUUAAAGCAGAUCUAUCUAAUAGCGAGGAAAUCGAAAACAUUAUCAAACAGACGAUCGCUAAAUUUGGAAAACUGGAUAUAUUGAUCAACAAUGCCGGCUUUUUGGCAUUUACUAAGGUGCUGCAAGAAGACAUGAUGGAGGUCUACGAUAAGGUAAUGAACACCAAUUUGCGAGGCACGGUCCAUUUGACCAACCUCGCUGCACCUUACCUGGUGAAGACUAAAGGAAACAUCGUCAAUAUUUCAAGCAUUGCUGGUCUAAGUCUCAUAACUCCUGAAUACAUUAUCUACAGCGUGUCUAAGGCUGGUAUGGACCACUUCAGCAAAUAUGUGGCAGCAGAGCUAGCCCCCCACGGGGUCAGGGUGAACACAAUCAACCCUGGACCGGUCAGGACGCCGAUCUUCGACGUGCCAGAUGCACCUCAUGACGCAGAAUCCUUAGGGAACAAGACCGCCCUCAAGCGACCCUCUGAUUCCCAAGAGAUUGCUGAUUUGAUUUUGUUCGUCGUUGGAGAAAAAGGUAAAAGCAUGACCGGCUGUAAUUAUGUGAUAGAUAACGGAUUUCUUCUUAAAUAGUAAUUGUAUAUUUUUUAAUUGUCAUUUAAAUAUUUAGAAUAGUACCUAUGUACGUACACUUACAUUAUCAUAAUAAAGCAGUGAAAAAUUACAAGAAAAUAUUGGUGUAGGUACGUAUAUGUGAAUAUGAUACCAGUUUUAUAUUUAAAUUUAAAAACUUUUUAACAAAGCCAGCAAUAAUACAAGGACACCAAAAAUAUACAAAAAAUAUAUCUAUUAAUAUAAUAGAUACAAUAAAGCACGUAUAUAUACAUAAUUUACUAAAACGGGCACUAAAUCCAUAGUUUGUUGAAUUAAGUGAUUAUUGUUUGUAGAGAGUAGGCAAACUAAUGGAACGCCCACAGAGAUGUUUCUAUUGUGAUGAGGAACCCGUUCGAAGAUUGUGUAUUGGAAUUUGAAAUAAACAUUUUCGACUAUUUUCAUAUUUCCUAAUAAGUUUCAUAAAAAGUGGCAUGCAUUUAAAAUACGUAUAAAGUUCUUUUCCCCUUUACCUAAAUUGUUAGCAUAUGUAAAUAUUAUUACACAGAAAUCUAUGAUUUAUUUUCAAUGUAUAUUGUUAUAUUAAACAUUUGUUACUAUGUAUAUUGUGUACGUACAAGAGGUUAGAUCAAGCAAUCAUGUUUGCCAUUUGUAUGCCUUCAUUAAGUUUGGCAUAUUUCCAACUAAGCCGGUAUUACUCAGAGAACGUCAGUGAGCACAAUGUUUGAGAAUAUUAUAUUAUUAAUGGACUUGCAUUUUUGUGUUUUGAAAAUAAAUAUUAUCAGAUGGUA